GGGGAAUGUGAGUUGGGAGGAGAGGGGAAGCUUGGGAGCGGAAGUGAAAAUUGUCAACAACACGUCUUCUGUGCAACAAAUCUGUUGAAUUUAAAUUUUUUUAAUUACUGCAAACGUUCUGCUGAUCUUGAAGAAGUUGAAGACCAAAAAUGGACUUCCAAAACCGAGCAGGAGGAAAGACGGGCGGUGGAGGCGUCGCCUCCUGGUCCGAAACAAACAGAGAUCGACGAGAGCGGCUAAGGCAACUUGCUCUCGAGACCAUCGACCUCCAGAAGGAUCCUUACUUUAUGAAAAAUCACCUUGGCUCCUAUGAGUGCAAGCUGUGUCUGACCUUACACAACAAUGAAGGAAGUUAUCUUGCCCACACUCAGGGCAAGAAACAUCAGGCCAACCUAGCGAGGAGAGCUGCCAAGGAUGCUAAAGACGCCCCUGGACAGCCACAACCAGAAAAACCAAGAGUGGAACCAAAGAAGUUUGUCAAAAUUGGUCGACCUGGCUACAGGGUGACAAAACAGCGAGACCCUGACAUGGGACAGCAAAGUCUCUUGUUCCAGAUUGAUUACCCAGAAAUUUCGGACCACAUUUAUCCUCGCCACCGUUUCAUGUCGGCCUACGAGCAAAGGGUGGAGCCUCCAGACAGAAAGUGGCAGUACCUGCUCUUUGCUGCUGAGCCUUACGAGACAAUUGGUUUUAAGGUGCCAAGUCGAGAGGUGGACAAAAACGAGGGGAAAUUCUGGACGUAUUGGAACAAAGACACAAAGCAGUUCUUUUUGCAGUUCAGCUUCAAGGCUGAACCGAAAAAAGCAGGACUGAUGUUGGGUGCCAUGCCUCCGCGGCCUCCAGGCAUGCCAGCAAACUUGCCUCCACCCCCUAUGCCGAUGGGCAUGGUGCCGCCUCCACCACCAGCUUUCAACGCUGUUCCGCCACCACCUCCAAACUAACACAUCACACUCACUUUUGAAUUUUUUAACUCAAAUAAAAAAGAAGAAUAGAAACGAAAAAUAUUUCAGAUGUUUAAAAGAUACAAAAUAAAAUAAAUCUUCCUGAAAUUUUGUUUAAAAUGUAAUUGAAUCAAAUGCACAUUUUUUUCCCUUAA